AUGCUAUAUUCUAAUCUUUUCUAUAUUCUUGCUUUUGGCUCAUUCCUUUACUCUUCACAGACAAAUGAUUUGCUUGAAGAAAUCCGUUCCCGCCUGGAAGAAGUUGUUGUUGGUCAGGUGUUUACCGCUUGCGCAGGGCAGAAUCCUGCCCGUCAAGCCGCUGUCGCAGCUGGUCUCCCUUUUUCAGUUCCUGCAUACGGCGUGAACAUGCUUUGUGCAUCUGGCCUGAAAGCAGUAUGCUUAGCUGCCGGCAGACUUAAGCUAGCCGCCAUCGAGGCUCUCGAGAGCGAAAAAGGCAAGAAUAAAAUUGCCCCAGGCGGUUGGGCAAUUGCUGGUGGGCAGGAGUCGAUGAGUCAGGCACCACACGCCACUAUGCCUGGUUGUGGUCUGCGCAGAGGCGGCUUCAAUAAUGCCAACAGACUUCCAACCAUGGGCAACUAUUGCUUCGCUGACACCUUGCUUAAUGACGGUCUUAGGGACGCAUUUUAUGAAUGUCUCAUGGGCGACACGGCUGAAAAUUUGGCUUUUGAGUAA